UCCGCAGCUGAGAUUACUCUGUGUGUGUGAUUGGAGUGUCUGGCUCAGCUCCAGGACAGAGAGAACCUUGAUAUAUGCUGGAGAGCAGAAAGCUGCAUCACAGAGAGAGCUGGAGCCGCCUUGUCCUGCCUUCUCCCACGGUCUGCUCAAAGCUGAGGAAAUAACAGCUCGACAACAUGUGCAAAGGAUUAGCAGCCUUGCCACACACAUGUCUGGAGAGAGCAAAGGAGAUCAAGACCAAGUUAGGCACGCUUCUCCAGAAGCCUGACUCGGCUAUUGACCUGAUCAUCCCAUACCCAGAGAAGCCGGAGAAGCCAGCCAAGGCCCAAAAGACCUCGCCAGAUGAGGCUUUGCAGUGGCGUGAGUCCCUGGAGAAACUCCUGCAAAAUGCUUAUGGGCUUGCCAGCUUCAGGAGCUUCCUUAGAUCCGAGUUCAGUGAGGAGAACAUUGAGUUCUGGAUUGCCUGUGAAGAAUACAAGAAAAUCAAGUCCCCCGCCAAGAUGGCUGAGAAGGCCAAGAAAAUUUAUGAGGAGUUCAUCCAGACGGAGGCACCUAAAGAGGUGAAUAUCGACCACUGCACCAAAGCUGUGACCAUGAAGAACUUGGUGGAGCCAUCAGUGAGCAGCUUCAAUGAGGCUCAGAAGCGGAUCUUUGCCCUGAUGGAGAAGGACUCCCUGCCCAGAUUUGUGCGGUCAGAGUUUUAUCAAGAGUUAAUCAAGUAGCAAUGUAGCAAGCCUGUGCACUGCAUCCCCUGCUAGGCACUCACUGUGAGCCAUGCCUCUUUCCAAAUCCCACCUUUAGUCUAUAGCUGCUUUGCCUUAAAGAUACCAAACUGAGAAAGCACUCAACUGCAUUGCUAAACUCCUUCCACAUUGUUUUGGACUUUCUCCUAUGUGCCACAUGUCUCCUUUUCUACAGUCUCUUUCCCUGCUCUCUUCCCAAGAUCCCUGUUAUGAAAAAGCCCUAGUGAUUUUACCCAUUGGUCUUAGACUGCAUUACUGAGAGUCAUCUUGGCAGCUAGUUGACAGCAAGCUUCACCAGAGUAGUUCCAUGGAGACGCAAAGGAGGCUUGCAGGAGCCUUGGCACUCAUCUGGUACGCAGGGCUGUGGCCUGUAAAGCUUAUAGGUCCUAGGUCUUGUCCACACUACAGAGUUUUGUCAACAAAAGUUAUGCUGUCAUACAGCAACUGCUUUAAUUAAACUGCUGUUGCAUGUCCAGACUAUGCCCUUGUGUUGGCAGAGCGCAUCCACACUACCAGCUCUUGCAUCAACACACAGAACAGUGCACUGUGGGUAGCUAUCCCUCUGUGCAACUGGCCGGAGGGUGCUUUGGGAUGGGUUUGCAAUGCCUCAUGGGGCAGGCACAGCAUUACAUGAUGUAAGUUUCUCGUUCCAUGGGCAUCCUACUAGAUUGCCACCUGCUUUUCAACUAAAGUGUGGGGGAUGGGAGAGUGUGUGACAGGGUGUGUGUGUGUGGGGGGGGAGAGUGUAUGAGAGAGUGUGGGGGGGAGUGUGUGUGUCACCAUGCUGUCUUUGUAAGUCCAAACAAUCUUGAGGUGGUGGAGGGGAACGUUCUCCUCCCUCCCUGGCUCUGCACAGCACAGCAGUCUUUUCCCCCCAUCUCCUAGUUCCAGGGAGAGCAGGACUCCAUGUUAAGGGGCCUGUGAUUUCCUCCACGUUCUCCCAUAGCCUCCUCAGACCACUGAUCCACCCCUACCCUGUACUCCAGGCAGGGGAGCGUGUUGCUCUCCAUGCUGAGGAAUGUCAAAGCUUCCUGGAGUUUUGAAAGGGGAGGGGUGCAUAUCUGCAGGGCAGCAGAGUUCAAAACAUUGAACAGAGUGGUCACAGCGGGCAUUGUGGAAUACUGGGGGAGGCCAGUUACAUCGACAUAACGAACAGCAGUGUUGCUUUGUCGCUUUAACUUUGCCCCAAAAUGCUCUCUGCCUGUCAUUGAGGUGGGUUUAUUUUAUUGGCAAAACAGGAGAGUUUUGCCAGAAAAAGUAGCACUGUAGUGGGUACACCUCCACUGUUUUGUUGAUAAAAGCUGCCUUUUGCAGACAAAACUGUAUACUGUAGACAAGGCCAUAGUGUCCAAUGCUCUAGCUGGAACUGAGCAGCCUUGAUUCAGAUAAACUCAGAUGAGAAUCAGAGAAGCAUCCACACUUCAAUGUUUACCCAAAACAACCACAUGACUGAGCUGCUAGACCAUAUGUCCUCAUCCAUCCCUACUCGCAGGUCAGGUUAUACUGAUCUGAUACCCUCGCUGUGACCAGCUGGAUGAAUUGAACAUGUGAAAUACUAAUGGCAUGGAAAGGGUGUUAAAAUACUCCUGUCUCCUCCUGCCAUGGCCCAAGACCUUGAAGUGACUGCUCUAAGUGUUAGCACUCUGUGCGGUUGUGACAGUCUUUGAAGGAGGAGGUGUUUGACAGCAAGGCCCACUGAGUGAAAGCCACCUCAGUUCUUCUGAAGCAUUUGCUUUUUGGGGCCCCUGACACUGAGUCUGAGACCAGCUAGUGACAGGUUUAGCUCUAAUUGCACGUUGUGUCCACACACGACAUGGUGGCUGCACAGUUAGUAACCAUAGCCAUGGCAGCACCAGUGUUUUGCCCCGGGUCAUGACAGAGACUGCCACGUGGCUGCCUUCUUGGAUCCUGGGGCACACUGUUAUUUGCAAUGUAGAUCCUCCACACCCCCAGCAAACUGUGUCCACAUGACUGGUUUGGCCUGCCCUCUCUCCUCCCUGCUUUCCAAGCGGGAGCACGGCCCACUUGCUGCUCAUUCAGCAUAUCUGCUGGACACAGAAGCACUAUGGGGUUUUCCCAGCAUGAACUGAUCCAAUCACAGACAGGCAGCAUGGAAGGCGCGGGCCCACACGAGUGUCACAAGAUUGUUUUUGAAAACAGCUGCGUGGACACAGGAAGGUCAGAUGAGAAUCACAAACUGGUAACAAUGACAGUUCUAUUCAUGCCAUACCUAGGUACAGGGUGUAUCUGGAGCUCCCAGACUGCGCUCUUCAGCUAGUAACACACUUCCCAUUGUCAGUGUGCUGGGGGAGGCUAUUGUGAGCAAUAGGCCCUUCAACACACCACCUCUGCUGGAACAAACAGUGCUCCUUUUGAGCUGGAGACAGGGAGAAAAAUAAAACAAACAUCAUUAUCCAAAACACUGGGACUGCUGACUAGCAACCCAGACUUCUGCCUGCAUUAGAGUUAGUGAGCUUGUCAUUUCCA